AUGUCGAUUUCAAUUGAGGAGAUCCCACAAGAGUUGAGGUCCGAUAAGUUAGUGACCCCUUAUAUACAAAGAUCGUUAGAGUUGAAAGAAGUAGAGCCUGUAGUAAGCUAUUACUGUAAAAUAUUUGUUCUUGAGCAUAUAUUGGAGAAUAAAUUACACACUGAAUCGAAAACAAAUGAAGAGUUUACCAUCAAGCUUUUAGACGAUACGGAAGCAUUGAAGAACAGUUCAGAAAAUGAGGAUCUACAUAAUGUUUUGACAGAUAAGAAUGUGUCGUUUGGCCUUGUUUUUAAGUUUACUUACCAAUUAUUUAAUUCGUGCCUUGAAGCUUUGAAGAAUUAUAACAGCAACGCAAGGGCUCAAUUAAUAGCAAAAUUUAGAGCAACCUUGUGUUUUUUCAACUUGUUUGAUGUAUUUCGUAGUUCUGAGAACGAAAUCAAUUUUUCGAAAUAUACAGGAGGUAAAAUACACUCUUGGACCGAGUUGGAGAAACUAAACAAGGAUAAGAUAAAAAUCUUAAAGUACCAAUUGACAAGGCUAAUAAAGAAUGAAGUUGUCCCCGCUCAAACAGAAUUGGACGAGGCGGAAUUGGAAAAACAGUUUGAUGAAGAAGUGGCCAACCUUGAAUCAAAAAAUAUCGAUGAAGAAGUGGCCAACCUUGAAUCAAAAAAUAUUGAUGAAGAAGUGGCCAACCUUGAAUCAAAAAAUAUUGAUGACAAUAGUGUGGGUCCUGAGUCACAGAAAUAUGGAGAGGAAGACACUACAGCAGCAGCAGCAGCAAAAACAACAGAGAAGCAUGAAGGGAAUGAUGAGGAUGAUAGCCGACUAGAUUUACCUGGAGCGCCACAUUUUCUUCCAACUGUUUCACCGGAGUCAGAAGAAGAUACAGUAAAGUUACCUGGCGCACCAAAGUACCUACCUGAUGAUGAUAUUAGUCAUAUCAACAAGUCAGGAUCAAUUCACGUGUUUCCGCCAUCAUCACCAGAAACCAAAAAGCCACCUUCUCUUGUAAAAACCAAACUGAAUCCAAAGCAUAAUACUAAACCACUCAGCAAAGAAAACAUCAAUGAAAUAUUAAAUCGAGACGAUGUAAUUACCCAGAUUCAGAAACAUACGAAAUUUGCAAACUCAGCAUUACAAUUUGAUGAUUUGAAUGAGGCAGAAAAACAGUUGCGAAACGGAUUGGAACUACUCCAGAUUUUGAGACAGCAAGAAAAUAUCUAA